AUGACGAGUUGGCGGCCAUGCAGCUUAUUCUUGCUCAUUGCUGCGACCCAGUCGCUCAUCAGCAUCGUCUGCGCGACCGCUGAUCGCUCGCCAUCAUCACCGCCGGUCAAUGUUCGCCUUCAGUCGCCUUGGGAUUCAUCUCCCCUGCUCCUCGAGGCAUUGGAGGCUGCAUACGAUGAGGACAGCGACGCAUUCUGGCCGUUGCUCUCACAUGUAAGCCAGCCAUCUCAAUCUCCAGAAUCGACGGCCCCACCAGCACAAGUCUACGAUGUCGUCAAGAAGGCCCUCGACGACGUGGGCGUGCUCAGCGAACGGGGGAGCAGAGACAACUGGGAAAUGGCCUUGGCAUUGCACAGCCAGUCGCCCAAGGUCGCAGCAUUCUGGCAGGUGGCAAGGACGACGGGAGCUGAGGAGAGGUGGGCAAAGCAUGUGCAGGAGAAUGGCCUUGCUGCGGGCGAGUGCGAGAGCUGGGUCGACUGGUAUGGUCGCGUCGUUUGCAGCGAGACGGAACUACAAGUCGUCCUCUCUGAAGAGGCGAGGCAGCAAGACAAGGUAGCUACCUACCCAUUCGACCACGUUCAUCCAUCACAACCUUCUGCUAGCGCAAUACCGACCGCCGUCCUAUAUGGUCGCCCACUCUCGCCCAACUUUCACUCCUUGCACACGACUCUCUUUCGACGAGCAUCAGCAUACAGCGAGCAGCCGCUAAGAUACGUCCUGCGAUGGAGGCCAGAUUCAACUUCAAACGCAACUAGCGGAUUCCUGGCAGGCUACGGUGCUGCUCUCGACCUGAAGAAGGUCGACUACCUGGUGAUCGAUGACCGCAAGCUUACUCACGCAGCCGACGCGCCCUCCCUGUCUGCGAGUGAAGGCGGCGUCGACGACUCCAUUUACAGCCAGCUGCGCGACAGGCAAUGGCUCGACGAUCAGCUUCUGGGCAAUGGAAAGCCAACCAACAUGAGCCAGCCCCUCGAAGAAGCCGAGAUUAGCAGACUGGGCCUUCAAGCCGUACAGACCAUUAUCGACUCGCAAGAUCCUCUCCGCGCCUUUGCUCAACUCACGCAGGACUUCCCCUUGCACGCGCCUAGUCUAGCAAGAGGACCUGUGACGCCAUCCAUCGACUUGGACAAUGAGCUGCAUGCCUUGCAGAUGACCAAGAUCAGACCAGGGAUGGGCGACGUAUGGUUGAACGGCAAGCCACUGUCCAAAAACGAGCAGGUCCCCUUGGGGCUGCUCAAAGUGUUGCGCAAAGAGCGAGCGCUCGUUGAUUCCAUCCUUGCUGCAUCUUCGACUCUCGGUCUAAACGCAAGCCAGGCGAUCGACCUUCUCUCGCAACCCUCAGUUGGAAGACCGCAAACGCCCGAAGCGGAGCAAGUCGUUUUCCUCGACGCUAGCGACCGCAUCGAGCGAAGCGCUACAGCAGACGAGACGAAUUUUGCUAGCCCAAUCACCUGGUGGAACGACAUCGAGCAAGACGAAGCCUUUGCCGACCUGCGCCAGAUGUCCUCCUUGCGCUCCCUGCUUCGGCCCAUGCACCCUAGCCAGUUCCCGCAGGCGGCCAAGAAUCUCUUCAAUGUGGUGCUCACGCUCGAUCUCGCAGAUAGGAAAGCUUGCUCCUUCCUUGCUGAGCACGUCGCACCGCUCCUCGAACGCAUUACAGUGCGCUGGGGCUUGGUACCUGCUGGGCUGGAGAAGGGAGAAGAGGCGGAUUCGACCGUCGUUGCCCGAUUGUACUGGCACCUCUGGGAGAACCACGGCCUCGAGGGCGGCGUCACAUUCUUGCACGCUCUCGCAGCGAGCGGCCCGCCGAGUCGCAGAGUUGACGCCCGCACAGCUCAGAAAACGUUCACCAAGCUGCUCGCCCGUCUCGACCCCUCGGGAGACCACUCCUCCCUCGCAAAAGAGGUGACCUCAGUCCCCUCAUCACGCGAGGAGGUCACCAAAUCCUACGUACGUCGGCUCCGCCUCACCAUCGCCGAAGAGCCUCGCGGCCAUGUCCUUGUCAAUGGCCAGCACUUUCCCCUCGUUGAGCCGCGCUCCUUCUUUCAGCUCUUGCACCAAGUCGCAGCAAUGCAGCUUCAGCAGAUCGCGCGACCCAUCUACUUCAACGAGGUGACCGACGACGACGACGUUUCCACUUGGUUCUACGAUCUGCCGCUCGCAUUUGCGUCGCGUUCCGAGCUCGUGUUCCCAACUGUGGAUGCGGCGACGGGGCAGGCCAAAGGUCCAAAGGUGAGGGCAGUGGAUCUGGCAAAGGCGCUUGCGGCGCUGCCAGAUGCCUCGCCUGCGAAGACCAGCUUCCUCUACCCCACCGGGGAUAGUCAGGUCAACGCGACCAUGUGGGUCAUAGCGGACUUUGAUACCGAAGGAGGAGUCCAUCUGCUGCGCGAGGCGGUGAGCACGAUGGUCGGAGAGAAGGCGCCUGCUUUCAGACUCGGCUUCAUCCACACGGUAGAUGCUGGUCAGUCAAAGCUGGCGACGCCAGGCGUAUCGCUGUCUGGCUUCAUUGCACAUCUCGCUCAGAGCGGCGCCCUUGACGCAAUCACGCCGAGCGAGCUGCUCGAGGUGCUCAAGGAGCCCAGCACUCUCAACGACGCUAAGCUUGCAGGCUGGAAUGUUCCCGCCAAUACUGACGGCUCUCAGCUUUGGGAUGGCAGCCACAAUUUCUUCAGCACCCUUGGUCUCGACACGACUGCCUUCCCGGCCCUGCUGAUCAAUGGCCGCCUCCUCUCCCACCUCUCCCCUCUCGGCAUCAGCAGCAGCGACCUCUCUUCUCUUGUCAAAAAUGAGCUCGCCAGGCGCAUAGACCCAGUAGUGGCCGCACUACACACUCUCUUGCCUGGAGACAAGAUCGCCUCGCUCAACCGCAGUGCCCUAGCCGACUCGAUCUCCAUCGUCUCCUCAGCCAUCGCCGUCACAUACUACCGCGACGAGACGCAAGAGGGCAUCUUCUCCCCUCCUUCAGUGCAGCGCACCAAUAUCUUUGACCGGCUUGGCGUCGAAUUCUCGCGCUUCGAAGUUGGCGACCCUGCCAAAGCAAAGCUACGCUUUCAGGCCAUUGUAGAUCCGCUUACGGAGACGGCGCAGAGGUGGUCGAGUCUCUUCCAGCUCGUGGCCACGAUGCCGGACGUUCAUCUGCAGGUCAUCAUGAAUCCUGUCAGAAAGCUGCAGGAGAUGCCGCUCAAGCGCUUCUAUCGCUACAGUGCGCCGAGCAGGCUGCGCUUUGAUGCCAAAACGGGCGAGGAGGUGCCAGCUACCCUCUCAUUCCAGGACAUGCCGCAGGACGCUGUUCUCACCAUGGGGCUGGACGCUCCGCCCGCUUGGCUCACCAUGGCGUCAGAAGCCGUGUACGACUUGGACAACAUCAGGCUGCGUGAUGUGCCCGAGGACGGGAGGCGCAAGGGCGUCUUAGCCGUCUACGAGCUCAAGCAUCUCCUCAUCGAGGGACAUGCACGCGAGGCCGGCAAGGAGAGCAAGAACGCCAUUCCUCGUGGUCUGCAGCUCGAGCUUCAGACACCGGAUGGAAGCGAGACGCUGGAUACGAUCGUGAUGGCCAAUUUGGCAUAUUUCCAGUUCAGGGCAAGGCCAGGCCUCUACAGGCUGAGGAUUCGUCCCGGCGGCAAGAGCGAGGAGCUGUAUGAGAUGAGGAGUGUGGGGAACCUCGGCUGGGAUAGCCCGGGUGUGGAAGAGACGGGCGACGAUAUCACUCUCGACUCUUUGGAUGGAUUGACGAUCUACCCGCGCGUGGUGAAGCGAGAGGGCAAGGAGAAGGAGGAGCUGCUCGUCGACCUCGAGGCUGAAGGCGAGGACGAUGAGGACGAGGAUCCCUACGGUGAGAAGGGUGCUGCUGCACCUUUGAGCAAUGCCGCCUCUGGCCUCUCGAAGAUGCUUCACCGCGCGGCCGAUAGCGUCAAGUCGGUCGUCACCGCCCGGCCGCCUGCGAAGGAACAUGACCGCAUUCAUAUCUUCACCGUCGCCUCGGGUCACCUCUAUGAGCGCAUGACCUACAUCAUGAUUCUGUCGGUGCUGCGACACACGCAGUCGUUGCCUGUCAAAUUCUGGUUCAUCGAGAACUUCCUCUCCCCCUCCUUCAAGUCCUUUAUCCCUCAUCUGGCCCAGGCCUACAACUUCGAGUACGAGCUGGUCACCUACGCCUGGCCUCACUGGUUGCGCGCUCAGACGGAGAAGCAGCGCACAAUCUGGGGAUACAAGAUCUUGUUCCUCGAUGUGCUUUUCCCGCUCGAUGUGGAGAAGGUCAUCUUCGUGGACUCGGAUCAGGUGGUGCGCGCCGACAUGAAGGAGCUGCUCGACGUCGAUCUCAAAGGAGCGCCCUAUGGCUUCCCGCCGAUGGGCGAUGACUCGGAGGACAUGGACGGAUAUCGCUUCUGGAAGCGCGGAUUCUGGAAGGACUUCCUGCGCGGCCGCCCUUACCACAUCUCGGCGCUCUACGUCGUCGACCUCAAUAGAUUCCGCCAAGUCGCUGCGGGCGACAAGCUGAGAGGCCAGUACCAAGCACUAAGCGCCGAUGCUGGUUCGCUGGCGAAUCUUGACCAAGACCUGCCGCAGACGUUGAUGUUCAACGUGCCGCUGCAUACACUCGACCAGCGAUGGCUGUGGUGCGAGACGUGGUGUAGUCACGACUGGUUGCAUGAGGCCAAGACGAUUGACCUGUGCUCGAACCCAAAGACGCACGAGGCUAAGCUGGACAGGGCGAGGAGGCAGAUUCCCGAGUGGACUGAGUUGGAUGAGGAGGUGCAGGCGCUUGCGAGGAGGGUGGGAGUGGCGGAAGGAGCGCGCGAGGCAGCUGAUGCGGGACCUGGGGUGCAUAGACAGCAUGGCGAGGGUGAUGGUGAUCAAGAGCCACGGCAGCACGACGAGCUGUGA